AUGAAUGCUUAUCAACUUUAUAAAGAUAUCCCAGAUGAAACUGCAGCUGUAAGAUAUCUUCAAAAGCUUGGUUUAAUUCCUGAAACAAAGGAAUGCGAAAAUAGCCAUGAAAUGAAGCUUUGUGUUAGCACAGUGAUCAGAUGGAGAUGUUUUCUUAGAGGCUGCAGAAAACAGGUUGGAGUGCCGGCAAAUAAAGAAUUGUCUGGGAAAAGAAUGAAAAAAGAAUUGGAGCUGGAUCCAGGUACGACUGUAGACUGGAACAGUCUUCUGAGAGAAAGAAGUUUGCCUAUAUAUGGAGAAGAAGGAGGAAAAAAGUUAACAGUGGAUGAAACAAUCUUUUCGCGAAGAAAAAAUAAUUGUGGCAGAAUCUUACCGCAGCAAUGGUGUUUUGGAAGAAUUUGCAAGGAAACAAAAGAGUGUUUUGUAGAACCAGUUGCAAAUAAAGCUUCAGAAACGCUAAUGAAACUUUUGAAAAAAACAGUGGCUUCAGAAACACUCAUUAUUUCUGAUAUGUGGAGAAGCUAUUCUCAAGUAAGUGAUUCUGGGUAUGAGCAUUUGGAACUGAAUCACAAAUAUAACUUUGUGGACCCACUAACAAAUGCUCAUACCCAGAACAUUGAAAGAGUUUGGAGAUCCGUAAAAGAAAGGUCCAAAAAACACUGUGGAACACGGAAAAGCAUGUUAGAAGACUACAUGUAUGAAUUUACAUGA